UCUGUCAAUAGUAAGGAAAGGAAUAAAGGAGACUUAACUAUGGCAUCCCUUUCUGUAGAGGAAGAAAACUAUGUUCGAAUGAGUUUGUUAUUAACUGGAAUUUCUCCUCGUGCAGCUAGAACUUUCUUUGAUAGUGAAUUUGCUCCAGCAUGUUUAGAUGCUACAAUAAAGAAGGAGUAUAACAAAUUGCUUGACUUAAAAAAGAAGCAUAGAAUCAACCAAUCACAGUGGAACCUUCUGUGUCCUAGAUUUCCCGAUGUUCCAGAUUCUAAAACUUUUGAUUUGACUUUGAUGAUACUAUUACUGAGGAACUUGACUCCAAUGACCCCUCCUCUUUGUGGAUUUGACCAUUUACCUUCUGUAAUGGAGACCACUCAUGCUGCAGACUUAGCAAGGAUCAAACACUACAGGAAUUACCUGGCUCAUUUGGAUGAUGGCAAACUAGACUCAGGGUUCUUCAAUACUGCUUGGAAUGAUAUAACUAAUGCCAUAGAUAGAUUAGGUGGGCAGCAAAUGAAGCAGGAGUGUGAUCAUCUAAAAACCAAACCAUUAGAUCAAACCAACCAAGAAAUAAUGAUGGACAUCAAACAUUCUAAUAAUGAAAUCCGGGAACUAAAAGACUCAUUUGAAAGUUUGAUAAAAUCUCAUGAAUUACUACAAGAACGCCAUGCUGAAGUGAAGAAAUCUCAUGAGAUACUACAGGAUGACCAUAGGAAAGUAACACAAGAAAUGGAAACAAUAAAGACUUCACAAAAGGAUACUGUACCAUGGAAUAUAAGAGAAAGAAUUAAUGAUACACUUAAAGAUUGGAAGGACAAUGAUGAUAGGAUGUUUAUAAAUACAAGAGCUGCCCAGUAUGUACUCAAAUGUAUAAAAGAAAACAGCUGUGUAACAAUUACUGCUAGUUCUGGUGUAGGGAAAACAGCAACACUGAGACAUGUGGCUUUACAAAUGGCAGAAGAAGAGUUUGAUGUCCUUCUGGUGACAGCCCCACAUGACAUUAUUAAUUUGUACAAUCCUAAAAAGAAAACAUUGUUUGUUAUUGAUGAUUUAUGUGGAAACUUUUCGCUGGACCAAAGUGACAUUAAAUGUUGGGAACCAGUCAUGGAGGAUAUAAAAAAAAGUCUGGAUAAAAAGCAAACAAAAAUACUUGCAGCAUGUCGGUUACAAGUGUACCAAGAUGAAAAGUUUAAUUCUUUAUCAGUUUUUAAGUCAUGUGUAUGUAACAUUUUAUCUGAAAACAUUUGCUUGUCAAAAGUGGAAAAAGAAGCAAUAGCUAAAAUGUAUCUCAAUGCAAAAGCCUCUGAGAUAGGUGACUUUUAUGAUAUUUAUGACUGUUUUCCUCUUUUAUGUAAAUUGUACCAUGAUAAUCCUGAACUUAUUAUAACAGAUUUCUUUCAAAAUCCAUUUUCAAUUUAUGAAGCAGAGAUUGAUAAGUUUCUGAAGAAAGGGCAUUAUGCUAAAUACUGUGCUUUGGCUUUAUGUGUCAUGUUUAACAACAAAUUAAAGGAAGAAAUGUUGACAGAAGAGUUGAAUGAAGAAACCAGGAUUAUCAUUGAAAACACAUGUGAGGCAUGCAGAUUAGACAGGGGAACAUCAAGACUUGUAUUACAGGAUGAACUUGACUCACUCACACAUACAUUCACAAAAAAAGAACAGAACAUGUACAAGAUAAUACAUGAUAAAAUAUUUGACUUUCUUGCUAAGAUCUACGGACAAAAGAUAAUCUAUUGCUUGAUAAAGAAUGCCGAUAGUAGUUUAAUUAAGGACAGAUUUUUAUUAGAAAGUAAUGAUGAGAUGGAUCAGUUUAUUACUAUAAUACCACAAAAAUAUCAUCAGAUGUAUAUACAGAGAAUGAUUGAUGACUGGUCAAAGGGAAAAGUUCAAGAUGUAUUCAGUAACAUCAAUAUGAAGAUAUCUCAGUUCACACAGAAUUUUCUCUGCUAUUUGAAAACACUAGAUAUAUCCUACCAGAGACGACUGGCAAAUAUCUGUGAUGAAGGUAAUCCACGUACAAGAACUUUUCUUCCUAUGAAGUUUGUGGAUGACAAUACCUAUGAUACUUGUUUAUUACAUUGUUGUUAUAUAGGAGAUACUUCUUUGGUCAAGUGGUGUUGUGAUCAUGGGGUAAAUAUACACAGGUGUACAUAUAAUGGUCAGUCACCUGUAAUGAAGGCUUGUGAACACGGUCAUACAGAAAUAGUAAAGAUGUUGUUAGACAGAGGAGCAGACUGUAAAAAAUGUGACAUAUUGGGUCAGUCACCUGUAAUAAAGGCUUGUGAACAUGGUCAUAUAGAAAUAGUGAAGAUAUUGUUAGACAAAGGAGUCGACUAUAAUAAAUGUGAUAAUAAUGGUAAAUCAUCUGUAAUGUUGGCUUGUGGACAUGGUCAUACAGAAAUAGUGAAGAUGUUGUUUGAAAGAGGAGCAGACUGUUAUAAAUGUGACAUAUUGGGUCAGUCACCUGUUAUAAAGGCUUGUGAACAUGGUCAUACAGAAAUAGUAAAGAUGUUGUUAGACAGAGGAGCAGACUGUGAUAAAUGUGACAGGAGGGGUCAGUCACCUGUAAUGAAGGCUUGUGAACAUGGUCAUACAGAAUUAGCGAUAAUGUUGUUAGACAGAGAAGUAGACUGUAAUAAAUGUGACAAUUUGGGUCAGUCACUUGUAAUAAAGGCUUGUGAACAUGGUCAUACAGAAAUAGUGAAUAUGUUGUUAGACAGAGAAGUAGACUGUAAUAAAUGUGACAUAUUGGGUCAGUCACCUAUAAUGAAGGCUUGUGAACAUGGUCAUACAGAAAUAGUGAAGAUGUUGUUAGACAGAGGAGCAGACUGUAAUAAAUGUGACAUAUUGGGUCAGUCACCUUUAUUGAAAGCUUCUCAACCUGGUCAUACAGAAAUAGUGAAGAUGUUGUUAGACAAAGGAGCAGUCUAUAAUAAAUGUGAUAGGUUGGGAGUAGACUACAAUAUAUGUGACUGGUGGGAUGAGUCAGCUUUAAUAAAGGCUUGUUUAUACGGAUAUACAGAAAAAGUGAAGAUGUUGUUAGACAGAGAAGCAGAUUACAAUAAAUGUGACAUGUUGGGUCAGUCACCUGUAAUGAAUGCUUGUGAACAUGGUCAAACAGAAAAAGUUAAGAUGCUGUUAGACAGAAAAGUAGACUGUAAUAAAUGUGACAUGAUUGGUCAGUCACCUUUAAUGAAGGCUUGUGAACAUGGUCAUUCAGAAAUAGUUAAGAUGUUAUUAGACAAAGGAGCAGACUACUAUUGUAAUCAGGUAUGUUACUAUAGUAGAGAAAUAGAUUUUAUUGUAAAGAAUAAUAUGUUAACAUAG